GGCGCAGGGCAUCUCACUGAUAACGGGUGGAACCUUCCGUUGGGAGAGUAGGUUCUCGGAUCACUCGUCGGGCAGAAUGUCGUUCGAAUACACGGAAAUAACGGAUCCCCUGUACGUGGACAAUCGAGAGGCGAAUGGUGAGGAGGAUUUCGUGAUGGUUCGUGCCAAGGAGUUAAGCGACGUGCCGAUUUCCAUCCCCAACUGGCAACCGGAGGCUCACUGCUACACCAAGAGAUUUCUUAGUUACGAAAAGGAACUGGUGGACGCUCCGGUUUACGAGGACGAUGUGUGGGUUGCUUCGUACCCAAAAAGUGGAACCACCUGGUGCCAGGAGAUGGUUUGGUUGCUUUGUAACGAUCUCAAUUUCGAAGCUGCCCGGGCUGAAAGUUUACGCACGCGGUAUCCGUUCCUCGAGAUUAGCUUGAUUCACGACGUUCCGGGCAGCUCGUUUGAACGGGCUCGCGAGACACGGCGGCCACGUUUCAUCAAGACGCACCUGCCCGUUUCGAUGCUUCCGAAGGCCUACUGGACGGUGAAACCGAAAACGUUGCACAUCCGCCGGAACCCGAAGGCGGUGGCCCUUUCCUACUACCAUCACUCGCGCGGCUAUUUCUACCGCGGCACGAUGGAGAACUUCAUUCAAUCGUUUAUCCGCGAGCACCACUUCUACUCACCGUUCCACGCGCACGUGAUCGAAUACCACGAGCUGCGGGGGUGCGAAAACGUGCUGCACCUUUCGUACGAGGACAUGAAACGGGAUCUGCCCGCGGCCGUUGGUCGGGUUUGUCGGUUUUUGGGCAAAUCGUACAGCGAGGCCCAGCUGGGGCCGCUGUACCAACACCUUUCGUUUGAAUCGAUGCGAGAAAACCGGGCCUGCAACUACGAGGAUCCAGAUAACCCGCGGGAUCAGGAUAAUCGAUUUAUUCGGAAGGGUCAAGUGGACAGCUGGAAGGAGGAACUACCGGAGGAUUUAGUUGAAGCGCUCGAUCGUUGGACGCUUGAGAAGGUGCCGAACGCGGAGCAUAGGAAACUGUUCGCUUAGGGGGGGCCUAGGUGGUGUGUAACUGUUACUUUCGGUUGAUACAAAAUAAAAU